AUGACAGACAAGUUCCUGUCUGUCAAGGCUGCCUGCUCUGCACUCCUGAGGCAUGCUGUCAACAUUGGCCUCAAGUUUGGAUCGUUUCAUAUGAUUUGCCACGACUUUGCCACCCAGUUUGCUACGGCAUACUCUGCAGAGGUUGCACGCCUGCUGCUCAACCAUGAGCAGGCCAAGGACACUCUGCACAGGAACUACACUGGCGGCAUCUUGAACUUCAACACCAUUGCGCUUUGGGCGGGCAAGCUGUGUGAGGACAGGGACCAGGAGAUCAUCAACAUUCUUGCGCGCUUGACCUACUACGAACAGAGGGCAAAUGGUCCAGGGGUACAGGCGCUGGCAGAGGAGAGUGCCAGUGGUGUCCCUCCUGUCCAGAGCAAGGGUCACGUCCACUGCCACAGCAAGAACAGGCCAGCAGAGCAACUUGAGGCAGACUGUGCCAAGGACCAGGCCUACAGACAGCUCAAGGACACAUUCGAUGACGCUUCAAAGGAAGUUGAGGUGCGCACAGUCAUCAAGGUCUUUGAGAAUCACAAGUUCAAUCAGCAACAUCUCAAGGCCAACAAGGUGUUCAACUCCAUGGCAGAGGGCAAGGCCAAACGUCUUUGCAAGGAGCAAUAG